GCCGCGGCGGGGCGGGCGGUACGGGGCGCUGCGCCCGCCGGAAGCCGACCCCAGGCAGACACAGCCGCGCGGGAGCAGCCUCCUCUCCUCAGGCCGCGCUUAGUAGACCGGCGUCUAGCUCUGAGACCAAGCAAGCACACAGCGCUUGCGCUCCAGCUCCACAGUGAGGAUGAGACUCCGAAGUUCUGCAGCUGCCGCUAUCUUGAAAGAUUGGAGAUGGCCGAGGCAACAAGUUUCAUUAGACGCUGGAGUCGCUGUUAGCUGUUUUCUAAAUGCUUAGAUGUCAGAUAGAGCGUGGCAUGGCUCCCUCCUGGCCUGUUUUAAAAGUUUAUAUCUAUCUGACUGUUUUCGGACCUUCUCCACACACACCUACUGACUGGCAUUUUACCUUCAACGAACUAAAUGUUUUGUUUGACACCGGUCCAGUAUCCAGUACUGUUCUCGGCCUGCAGGUUACAUCAAGUGAACAAAACGUAAUGAUUCAUGCCCUCGUGGACUUUACAUUUUAUGCAGAAAAUAAAUAUAAGACCGUUAUGCAUCUUGUUGGCAGAUGGUGCUAUCAAAACAAUGUUAGCGAGAUAAAGGGUUUGGAGAAGUUUCAUGUUGGAUGUCGGAGUUCAUAGUGUGGUGGUCAUUUUAGGCGCAAUUAAGUGGGAACUAUAGGAGUUGUGUGUGAGCCAAAUUAAUAGCUGAGCAAGAACAUUUCAGGCAAAAGAACAGCCAUCACAAAGGCAGUAACAUGCCUGUCGUGCUCAGGGCAGUUAAGAGUGCAAAGGGAGGUGGAAAGUAGAUAAAACCAAACAUAAAGGGUAGCCAGAUCGUCAGGCCUGAUGGAAGCUGAUGGAAAACAGGUUCUUGUCCAUAGUUUCAAAAGAUAACCCACUGUAAAUCAUAAGAUGUCGGGGACAAGUAUAAAGUAAAGGAAAUCUGGACACCACGACUCAAAUAACUUGCGCAAGGAAGUAAUAAUGGGAAUGUUGAGAAAUGGUUAGAUUCUGGACUCAUUUUGAAGGUUACCCUUACAAGAUUUGCUAGGAAGUGCACUGUCUUUAUGGUUUAUGUGACUUUGAGAGCCCAUAGAAGUAUAGUAGAAGUAUAGUGUUACUUCAGCUGAGAUACAAAGGACACAUAGAGGUUUUGAAUAAAUUAGUUCCAGAAUUGAGAAUCCGUAGGAGGAUGUGUGAAAUUGGGAAUCACCAGCUGAUGUUCAAAGUCAUAAGAAAUGAAUGUAAAUUUACUUCGUAAAUGUAUUUAGAACAAAAAUAGUAAACAGUCAAAUACUGUCUUAUGAUUGUAAAGACUGGAGGAAGGGCCAGGCAUGGUGGUGUACAUCCUUGAUUUCAGCACCCAGGAGGCAGAGAUCCAGACAAGCAAGCCUAGAGAAGGUCAGUCAGCAGGAUGAAUCAGUGAAUCUAAGAAGACAACUCAAAACUCAUCCUGUAACCAUAAGAAGUCGUUUGUGUCAGAGUCUCCAGUCUAGUAAAGAUCAGCCUUAGCGCACCAUUGGUUACCUGCAGCAUCAAGUUUUAUACAGUUAGAGCCUAACGCUUGGUGUGAGUUUAGUAGUGGUGGUGGUAGGGCAGGGGAGAAAAUGGAAAACCGUGGAAUGACUUUUGCCAAUCUGAGGAAUACAAUGUAGGUGUCAGGGCAGUUGAUGUGAGUGGUUGUUGUUGUUACUCCAUCUACAGUGAGAGAAGGAGCUGCCAGUUUGCUUGCAGAUAGAAAUGGUGGAAAAAAGGGAAAGUUCGAUUAUGAACGGAAUCACUUGAAAUGUUAAACAAAAUCUUCAAGUAUGCUAGAGAAAGGGGCCUGAUAGGUGGAAAGUUGCAUGCAGAUAAAAGCAUGUUGACUAUAAUGACAGAUCUGACAGAAAGACUGAGUGUAUGGGUGCAGGCAGAAGUGAAUAGGUGGAUGCAGUUGUAUGAUUCUAGUUUUCAUUAAUUUUGUCAGUAAAGUAGAAAUAUGCCCAUGUAAAUGUAUUUCUAAUGUUUUAUAUUAGAACUUUGACAUGCCAACUGUUUUCACUCAAAUAUUUUUGAAUGCAUACUACAUGCAUUGUUCUGAGUGGUACAUACAUAGCUGAACUAGAUUUCCCCAUCUUCCUGUAGCAUCUAGUACAGUAGAUGAAGACAGUACCAUGUAUGUGUGAGCCUUAGUUAUUGAUAGGAGUGGAACUCUGUGUGAGUGUGCACUUGAGUGCAUGUAUGUGGGUGCUCAUGGAGGCCAGAAGAGGACAUGGGAUUCCCUGGAGCUAGAGUUACAGCCAAUUGAGACCUGCCCAGUGCAGGUGCCUCUAACUGAACCAGGGUUUUCUGCAAGAGGUCUUCUGCAUUUGCUCCCAACUGUAGGAGAGGUGUCUUAGCUAUUUGAUAAUUGUUUCUAUGUAGAGUACAAAGAGAGAAAUGAGGGAAAGAGAUACAAGUUUGAAAGUCAUCAACACAUAGACGGGAUUAGAUGGAAUAACGAAUGGGGAAGCAGGUGAAGGGAAGACUUUGGAGCCUUAGGGUAGGUAAUUCAGGAAGUCAGGGAGCUGAGGAAGAAUUGUCAAAGAAAACAAAGUACGGUUCCAUGAGCAGGGAGGAAAGAACUUAGAGUGGUAACCCAGAUUCUGUGAUCUGUUGGGUCAGUUGCUGACCAAGUAUAAUGACCUACUGGUCAUUAGUUUUGCUAAAUUUCAUGGUACUCCUUCCUGGAUGGGAGGGAACUCCUUAGGAUUCAGGAAGGGUUUUUUGUUUUGUUUCGUUUGGUUUGGUUUUUUGUUUGUUUGUUUUUUAGAUUUAUUUUCAUUUUAUGUGCAUUUGUGUUUUGCCUGCAUGUAUGUAUGUGAGAUCCCCUGGAACUGGAGUUACAGUUGGUUUCGAGCUGCCAUGUGUGUACUUGGAAUCAAACCUGGGUCCUCUGGAUGAGCUACCAGUGCUCUUAACUGUUGAGCCACCUUUCCAGCCUCACCAUGUCUUAUCUGAUAAUGAUUGUUUGAAUAUGUCUCCCGUCCAUCUCUGGACUAUAAGUACUAUGAGGUCAAUAAAUGUGUUAAGUCUAUACUCCUAUAACCCCUUUCAGGUCCCAUAAGCCAGAUUUUUUACCUUUCUUGCCUGAAGUUUUUUUUUUCAAGGGCUUUUUGUUGCCUUCAGCUCUCUUGUGGGGCAAACUAUCUUGCCUCUGCUUCAGCUUCACCUGCUGCUCCUUUCUACUCACAGAGAUUUCCACAAACCUUACACUUCACACUUCUGUGGCUUUUCUUACCCUCCUCUCACCUUUACCCAUCCUAGGGUAGCUUUCCUUUGAAGACUGGGAAGCUUUUCUAAGCCAACUCAAGCAGCCUACAUCAUUACAAUGUAUUAUUUCUUUUUACACAAAAAUUUAAAUUUUUUGUGUGUCCAUUACUCUUUGUAGACAGAUUCUAGGACCUGUUCAUCUUUAUUUAUCUUGCCUCUGUUUCCUAUCGUAGUGCCAUCCUUUUGGUGAAAACUCUAAUGGAAUUUUAAGAAAACAGAAAAAUAAAGGUCCCAAUUAUAGAUGUCAAGUCACUAUGUGACUGCAGGUAGAAUGUAUGCUAUGUGGAAAAUUCUACACUAAGAGAAACCUGUGGGAAAAUAAAGAUGUACAUUUUAAUGAAUAUGUCAGCAUACUGAAUUAAAGGACAUCAAUGCAAGCCUGAAGAAAAAGUAAUCGCUUCCUUUUAAGCCAUGGCAUAUCAGUUAUACAGAAAUACAACUUUGGGGAACAGUCUUCAAGAGAGCCUUGAUGAGCUCAUACAGUCUCAACAGAUCACCCCCCAGCUUGCCCUUCAAGUUCUACUUCAGUUUGAUAAAGCUAUAAAUUCAGCAUUGGCUCAGAGAGUCAGGAACAGAGUCAAUUUCAGGGGCUCUCUAAAUACAUACAGAUUCUGCGAUAAUGUUUGGACUUUUGUAUUGAAUGAUGUUGAAUUCAGAGAGGUGACAGAACUUAUUAAAGUGGAUAAAGUGAAAAUUGUAGCCUGUGAUGGUAAAAGUAAGUACUCACCUAAUUACUGUGAAAGCAAACUUUGUUGAAAUAUUUUCUUCUGCUCUUUAAUUAUCUUGAUCUCUCUGAAAACCUCAAGGGAAAGUGGCCAGGUGACCCUCAGAUUAAAAACCUAGCUUCAGGAUUCUAUAUCUGACCUCUUACUGACCUUUCAUCUGUACACCCAGGUGACACGUAGACACUUAACACAGAUUUGAUUCAUGUGCAAAGAAAAUAAGCUACUUCCUAAAUUUCCUUCCAUUAUUUAUUUGAAGCAGUCAUUAGGUUUCUCACUGCCACCUUGCUCUUUAAGAAAGUAAUGUAGUUUUGACCAUUUAUCUUAAGAUUUCUGUGUUGCUGGAUAACCUUACACUUUAUAUAUAAGAAGUUAAUUAUUUUAAAGUUGAUUUAAAGUAAUCAUGAACCUCCCAGUUACAAUAUGAGAUACUCAUUUUUCGGAUUUGCACAUUUUAUACAAGAGAAUUUUCCAUAUCAGACCUUGAAGUGUUUUCAGGUCCUCAGACAUUGUUAAAGUGGCACACCUCUACCUGGUGCUUCAUGGCCGCUUAUUUAUAUUUAUUUUUAAAUAGAGCCCAAGGCCGUGUACUUGCUGUAUUUGUGUCUAAUACUAAGUCAUGCCCCAGCCUGUUUUAUUGGGGGUUUAAUUUAAUUUAUAAUCCAAGCAGCUUGUGUUUAAAGUACCAGUCCCUGGAGUAUAUAAAAGGGAGGGAGCCAUGAGAAGGAAGGCAAAGAGAAAUAUAGAAAGUAAUGUCCCCAUUUCUUGUGGAUUUUGUUUGUUUUGGUUUUAGUUUUUGAGACAGGAUCUCUGCAGCCCUGACCAGCCUGGAACUCACUGUGUAAACCAGGCUGUCUUCAGACUCAGCUUCUCCUGCCUCUGCUUCCUAAGAGCUGACAUUAAAGGCAUGGGCCACCCUGCCUAGUUAUAGUUGGAUUUUAAGGAAAUAUCUAAUCACUGAAGAAAUGUAGAGAAUACAGAAAAGUUCCAUAUAUGUCCCACCUCUACAGAUAAGUGUUCACCUUCAUAAGUAAAAUGAUUUUCAAGUAUUAGGAAUGUAUUUUUAUAGUAAUGCAUCUGUGCACAGAGAUAUGUUUAUACAUGCAUUAUUUUUCACAUAGAUUAUUCUUUUUAAUAUAAUUUGUGAUGGCUAUAUAAAAUUUUCAGCCUUUUUGACUGAUUGAUUUUGAUUUUUCAAGACUGGGUUCCUCAAUGUAGUCCUGGCUGUCCUAGAACUCAUUCUGUACACCAGACUGGCCUCGAACUCAGAGAUCUGCCUUUCUCUGCCUCUGAAAUGCUGGGAUUAAUGACAUGCUACCACACCUGUUCAGGUCUUUUUAAAAAAAUUCUUCGAGAUGACAAACGGUCCAGGAGAUUAGCACCACAUAUUGACUUACACAUCAGAAGUCUAGCCAGGGCUCCUCAGCUGUAGUCGUAGAGACUUCUUUGUAUGACCAACAGAUGCUUAUGAUAUUUUAUUUUUGCUAGGAACAAUGUACAUUUAGAUCACCUUUUAUUUUUCAUUUCUACAAAGGUGGUACUGUUUCCUGCACUACAAGAUUACAUUUCUAUAUUUGAAAUAAUUUAUAUUUUCAUGUAUUUUCUCUUGUAAUUUUAGCUAAUAACAUCAUUUUAACCCUUAAGCUUUUAAGUGUUUAUUAGGCCAUAGAAUAAAUGCAUUAAUUGAAUUGAUAUAAAUGGGCCAGGUGGCACAGAACUGUAAUCUGCUUUAUUUGGGACGCUGAAAUGGAGAUAACAACUUCAAGGUUUGCCUAAGUUGUAGAGCGAGCUCAAGGCCAGCCUGAGCAACUUAAAUGAAAUCCUGUCUUGAAAGAGUAAAAAGAGGGCUGGAGAUAGCAUAUUGAUAGAGGGCUCAACAUGUAUGAAGUCCUUGCCCUGGGGAAGAAGCGGGUGAUGAGCAUCAUUUCCAUAAUGAAGAUGUUCUGUCUGCAUCCUUAGUAGUCACGCAUGGCCCUUGAACACUUAAAAUGUGAGUAGGGCAACUAAAAUAUUUUCAUCCUAUUUCAUUUCAUUAGCUAAUUUGAAUUAAUUUACAUUUUAAACAGCUACAUGUUGCUAACCAGUGGCUACUGUACUGAGCAGGAGAGAUGUGCAUAGUAGAAGGUCAGACUCACUCAUUUGAACCAAACAACAAAGCCUCCGAGCCACCUUUAUAACAGAAAGAGCCUGGUGUGGAUAAAUGUGUUAACUUCCAGGAUCUUCUGCCUGGUACUUCUUGGUGCUGUUCUUGCUUAAAGAUACAAGAUAGUAUUCCAACCUCAGACAAUAAGAAGUAGCAAAUUACCUGUGUCAACUCCAGUUAGGUGGUCACUGGGGAGCUGCCUUCAUUUAAAGGAAACCAUAGUAAUUGAUCCUCAACCAAGAUUUAAAUGCUUAAGAAAUGGUUGUGGUGGACUCCAUUUUUUCUGUAACCACAGGAAAAGAUGAAAUCAUAGACAUGGAUAAAAUAUAAUUUGGCCUUCAAAAAUUAAGUUCAGUCUUCUAAAAAUUGGUAUCCUAAAAUUAAGCUGUGUUUCCACUAAAGCAGCAGAGUUAAGGGCAACAGUAGACAGACACAGAGGGUUGCUGUAUUUCCCAGCGGGAUGUGACCUGGAAAAAACUUGUUUAUACUAGCCCACAGCAAACACUUAGGCUGUAUCUUAUCUCUGCCUUGGGAAGGAAGCUGUUGACCUUGGCAGGCCUUUCCAGAGUGCCCCUGUCCACCAGCCUCCUCCUCCUUCCACAAACCACUUCUAGUCCCUUUCCUAGUUGUUCCUAAAGUACUGAUAUUUAGGACUCACUCCUUGACUUGAUCUCUUUUCUGUUUCUAGAUACCGGUUCCAAUACCACGGAAUGAGUAGAGAAAUUGGGCUUUUUUAUGCCACCUUCUAUUAUUUUCAUCACUUUUUGAAGAGAAACAUAGAAGAGACUUUUUUUAUUUAUUCUCACGGUGCAGAAAUAACAACACUGUGCUAUAUAUACCUACCCAAGGGUUCCACAGAGAGAAGCAUGUGACUCUGUUCUCUUAAAUGACCUUUAGUACACAGCAUAAAGAAAUGUAACUUUUUUUUAAUGACAAAUCAAAAGUGGUUGCCUUCCUAAGCAUAUUCUUCAAUAAAACUUGUUUUAAAACUU